UCCUUUCUAGGCUUGGACAACCUGUGCAGGUUUGGCAGCAAUGGCCCCAGUGGUAUUCUGCAGGGAGAAGGAUGCCUUGGAAGUGAAGGAUUGAGGGCAUGAGCAGUGCAGGAGUGCCCUCUUUCUGCAGCAGUUAUGUUGCACCGAGCCCGGCACCUCUGUGGGAAGUGGUGCCGUUGGUCCAGCCCUUUCAUCCAUCUCCUCACUCUGACUGUGGUGACUUUUGGUGUGCUGGCACCUUUGAUCUGCCACCGGUUCCUCCACUCUUACUUCUACCUGCGGCACUGGCACCUGAAUCCCAUGAGCCGGGAGUUCCUGGAGCUGAACCAGCAGGAAGGCCAGGAUGCCCUCCAUUACUUUGAGACGAUGCAGAUGCCAAAUGCCUCUGAGGCCUCUGGCAGUGACACCUUCCAGCCCUUGCUGCUGAUCACCAUUAUCACUGUGCAGAGGCGGAAUGAUUUCCACUACGUCUUGCAAGUGGCCUCCCACUUCCACCGCCUCCUCCAGAAAUGUGGGGCGCGUUGUCAGAGCCACCGAAUGCUCCUCUGUAACGUGGAGUCAGACCCCAGCAGCCAUCAGGAUGUCAGGCUGCUGAGCAGACUCUUUCCUAUGGUCAGUCGUGACAGAACUGGAAAGAAUCCUGACCCCAGCCUGAACCAAUUUGAGAAGGAGAAGCAGGACUACGUCUUCUGCCUGGAGCAGUCACUGUUAGUGUACAACCCAGAGUACGUCCUCCUUGUGGAAGAUGAUGCUGUGCCAGAGGAGGAGAUAUUUUCUGUCUUGCAGCACCUCUUCUCGGCCCGGUUCUCCAAGCCCUACCUCAGAGAUGCUCUCUACUUCAAACUGUACCAUCCCGAGAGGCUCCAGCGCUACUUCAACCCUGAGCCCAUGAGGAUCCUGGAGUGGCUGGGCCUGGGCAUGUUCCUGGGGCCAGUGUUGAGCUGUGCAUACUGCUGGGCUGCGGGGCGGGCGGGCCCCAGCUGGUGCCUGGUGGCGUUCUUCGCCCUUUACAGCAUGGCCCUGUCAGAGCUGGUGGGACGGCACUACGGGCUGGAGCUGCGCCGCCUGCACCCGGCGCUCUACAACGUGGUGCCAGCCAGCGAGUGCUGCACGCCUGCCAUGCUCUUCCCCGCUGCCUCUGCCCGCCGGGCCUUGGGAUACCUGCGGGGGCUGCGCUGCCGCCGGGGCUUUGCCAAGGACACGGCCCUCUACUCGCUGCUGCGGGGCAAGGGCGAGAAUGCCUUCGUGGUGGAGCCCAACCUGGUGCGGCACGUGGGGAUGUACUCCAGCCUCCGACUGAACAGCGACCCAAAACUGCUGUGAGCUGCUCCUGCCUUGCCGCACAAACAACGCCCAGGGCACUCUACCAUGGGGCAGAGGGACAGUGUGCAAACUUGGAUUCUGUGCUGCUUGCACCUGACAUCCCGUCUCUCCACGUGGGCAAAGAAUAACUCUCUCUAAAAGCACAAGUUUUCUUAAAAAAUCAGCUUUUGUUCAUGGAGACCCUAUUUAAUACAAACUUGGAACUAAUCACCAUACACCACCUGGGAGGGGAGUGGAGGAUUCCAGCUCACUCUCCUUAGCCAUUUGCCAAAGAAAUGCUCUCACACCAACAUGAACAACUUUCCUGCCUACUCUCCUGGACAGUGGUUAAAAAAUCCUCACCUUAGGGCAGCAGAAAUGUUGGACAAAGUCAAUGUUUCAAAUUAGCUAAUGAGGAGCAGAAGGCCUUAUUUCCUCAUCCUUACUAAGGUCUCAUCUCUGACCUAUCUCUAUUCCAAAGCUGUGGUUUUGAGCAGACCCUUCAAAAGCAGAAGUGGUUUGCAGGAACUUUUCCACACAUUCUGCCUAGAUACUUCAGAGUUUUGAAGUCUCUUUAAUUACUGUCUCCUUAUCUGCACUUCCACCAUUCCCACUUCUUUUGCUUUGACCACAGGCUCUUAAAAACAAAACCUCUGCUGCUUCAUUAAAGGUUACCUCUCAGAGUAGGGAUAGGAAAACAGAAUCACAGCCACUGGUGUCACACAGAUGGGUCACAAAUGCACAUUUUCUUUGAUACACAACACACAUUGCACACAAUGAUUGCUGUGUUGGUUGGGAUCAUCACUUGUACUGGAUCCAUUUCAGGAGGACUUGUCAGCCACUGAGUGAACUUAGACAUUCAACAUGAAUUUACCUUGAUU